AUGGUCAACCAUAAGGCGCGCGGCGACAAGAAGAGCAAGUCGGCGUUGAGCGAGGUGAUCACCCGCGAGUACACCAUCCACCUGCACAAGCGCCUGCACGGCGUCGGCUUCAAGAAGCGCGCCCCCCGGGCGAUCAAGGAGAUCAAGAAGUUCGCCCAGAAGCAGAUGGGCACCGACGACGUGCGCAUCGAGACCCGCCUGAACAAGUUCGUCUGGUCGCAGGGCGUCCGCAAUGUGCCCUUCCGCGUCCGAGUCCGACUCGCCCGCAGACGCAACGAGGACGAGGACAGCACCCACAAGCUGUACACGCUG